UUAACUAAUUUAUUUAGUUUUUUGAUAAAUAGUGAUUUUAAAGCCUCAAUUAAUUUAUGAAUUCAUAAAUUUCAGAAAAAACCCCCCAGUCAAAUGCUAACGUCAAUUAAAAUCCCUAAUGUUGAACUCAUACAGUUUUUAAUUCGUGAUACUUUUUCAUCAAAUUCAAUAAAUCAACACAAAUUAUUCAAUACUUCUGAAGUUCCAUUGUUUGUUGAAAUCGAUAAUGUUAAAAGUAAUUUUGUUUAUAUUAGAGCAUUUUUCAACACUAAAGACAUGGCAUUACAUUUAAGAAAAUACUUACCCGUUUUUCUUGGUUCAAUAACGAAUAGUACUAUAAUACGAAAUGGUGUAGAAAUAGAUUAUAUAGAAUUAGAAAAAGAUAUUCUUCAAAAACAAGCAUCUAUUGGGAUUUCUUCAGGAACGUUUACAUUUGGAUAUUUUUCCUCUGUUAUAAAUAUGUCAGUUAAGGUCGAACUAGAAAAAUAUCAAAAAAGCAUCAAAUGGCUUCAUGAUAUUCUUUAUAAUACAGUCAUUACUAAAAAUUGGCUUUCUGUUAUAUUGUCAACAAUGAUAAAUGAAAUUUCUAGCUAUCGUAGAAAUGGAAGAGACAUGGUAAAUCAAAUUUUAACGAAUAUGGUGUACAAACAAGGGACCUAUAUGGAAGAAAGUUUUAGCACCAGGUUAUGCAUAUUCCUGUAAUAUUAGUAUAGAUCCAGAUGAAGGAAAAAUUUAUUUAACUUUUUACCAUUCUGUAAAUGUACCAGCUGCUUAUCAAGCUACUAAAUCAAUUAUAGUAUGUAGAAUUUGAAAAAAUUAAUAUUUUAUACCUUGACACAGUCCUGCGUGGCUUUGUAAUACAAAAUGCCCCGCGAUCAACGCUAACUUUAUCAGCCUUUGUCCUAUUAUGAGUAUUUGGUAGUUUGACUGACCAAUACCACGUGCUAUACGCCACGGUGAAAAAUCCAGCAAGUGACGCACGACCGAUGACGACCCGAUGCAAAUGUUAUGUAGAAUCUUCUUCUCAUCAUUAAAUUGACGACGUCGAAGACGUACGUUACCGGUUCUGGCCGUAUCGCACGACCGGAUACCACAAUCGAUCCGCACCAGCGCACCGUCGCCAUCAACACUGCUAACUUCAAACGACUGAUAACCAUGAUGGACACUGUGUAGUCAACACCAGCGAAAGUUUCGUGAUAUUAUACAAAGAUUAUUACUGUAUUUACGGUUCAUUGUUAAUUUGUUGUUGUUCAUUAAUAAUAAACGACCCACAGAUCUCUAUCAUCAAAUCCAGUGUCGACCACAUUUUUGUGACUUAAGUCGUGACACUUUUUUAAGUUAAUA